AUGUCUGCAGCCGUGAUUCAACGAGUCAAAUCGGCCUCCGUCACCGUCGAUGGCCAGCUUAUCUCCAAAAUCGGACGAGGGCUUCUCGUGCUCGCGGGAGUCGGGAGAGAAGAUACGGAAAAGGAUAUAGACACCAUGGUCAAUCGGAUAUUGAAGGCGAAGCUAUUCCCGGCGGAGAAUGACAAGCAGGCGAGUAAUCCGGGCGGGGAUCUGAGUAAGGCUAACGGAGCCGAUCAACAGUGGAAACGGAAUGUGCAGGACAUUGACGGGGAAGUGCUUUGUGUAUCUCAAUUCACGCUUUUUGGCGAAUUGAAGAAAGGCAAACAACCAGACUUUCACCAAGCCGCAAAUGCCGAAAUUGCGCGCAAACUAUACGACUACUUCUACCGGCAGCUGAGCGAAAACUAUAAACCGGAGCGAGUCAAGAAUGGUGUAUUCCAGGCGAUGAUGGAUGUCGAACUUGUCAAUGAUGGGCCGGUGGGUGUCGACUACCGCAGUGAAGAUGCGGCGGUCACGAUCGAGGUCAACACACGGUUACCGAAGACAGAGAAGAGCGCGGAUAGCACAGACUCAUCGGACUCGAAGAAAGCGGGAAGCGUGGAGUUCAAGCUGCCCGCAGAGCUCCUAGAGUAA